AAUCCACCUCACAUGGGCAGUUGCCAGUCCGCGGUGGUCCCGCCUUCCCAACUCCAACAAAUAAAAGCCCCAGGGCUAAGAUCACGACAACAAGAUUACCACUUCAUGCAAAGAAACAGAGGGUCUCAUUUAAGCACACCACUCUUUCACAACAGUAUCUCUCUAAAGACACUGACGACAAACGAAUCAUAUCCCCCAGAUAUCCAAUCUUACCACAACAACAUCCCCAAUGAAGGCCAAGAUUACCCGGUGGAAUACCGUCGCGACAUGGCGGUGGGAUAUCCCCGAAGACGAUGUCUGUGGUAUCUGCCAAGUCCACUUUGACGGCACAUGCCCAACCUGCAAAUACCCUGGCGAUGACUGCAGCAUCCUGUCCGGCAAGUGUGGCCACAACUUCCAUAUGCAUUGCAUCCUGGAGUGGAUCAAGCAGGACUCAGCAAAGGGCCAAUGCCCCAUGUGCCGUCAAAAAUUCGAGUUCACUGAUCCAAAGAAUGAGGCAAAUGAGAGCUAGGGGUUUCUCGUGGAAAGGAUUUGACAUGGUUGGCGUUUGGCGAACUGGUUUAGAGAUAUCCAAGGCCCUUGUGAAAGCUCUCUUGGACUGGCAAAAAAGACUGCCCGGUCCUGCUGGCCUUCGCCUUCAAGCAUAUAGGAGAUAAUGACACUGACAGGAAGUACCUAGUCAAACUUCUCUUGGUUCAAGAUAAAAAGCACAUUGUUAGUGGUAGUGACAAGCAAAGACUCUUUCAGCAAUCACGUCUCAUUCCAUUGACCUGAGGCCUGACGGGAGAAAAGCAUGGCUUUUUCAAGAGUGUGCAUGCAAAGAAGUCAGAAGAUCAUGGAUUAUCGGGGAAUAGAUCAAUAUAUAUAAUUCUCAUGAAGCAGAGAAUUAUCGUUGAAGAAUAAGC